AUGUUUUCGUUUCUUUUAAUUAAGCUUUUGUCCUGUGUAUGUCCAGACACUGAAAUACUGGAUAUACCUGAAGGUGUUAGAGAAAUUCCUUUUGGCAAAUAUACGGAUUGUUUUAUUAUUAAAACAGUAAAUUUUCCUAAUUCCUUAAUAUCAAUAGGAGAUGAAGCAUUUAAAAACUGUAUUAACAUUGUUGAAAUAACUUUGCCUCCAAAACUAGAGUAUAUUGAUGAUAGUGCACUUGAAAAUUGCAUAAAUUUAGUAAAAGUUACAUUCACCAAUCCAGAAGCAUAUAUGGGAGAAUAUUUAUUUAGUAAUUGCUACAAUUUAAAGGAAGUUAUUCUUCCAAAUCGGUUAAAUAAUAUCAAAUUAAGUUCAUUUUUCAAUUGUACAAGCUUAGAAAGAAUUGAUUUACCAGAUACAAUAAAUUUUAUUGAUAAGGAAGCAUUUCUCAACUGUUCAUCAUUAACAGAAAUCAAAAUUCCAAAAAGUUUGACAAAAAUACAUAAUUCUACGUUUGAAAACUGUGUCAAACUUACAAAAGUCACUUUUCACGACAAUGUUGCUACAAUUAGUUCCUGUGCCUUUAAAAAUUCUGGAAUUAAAAAUAUUAUUUUUCCGAAAUCUCUUGAAACAAUCGGAAAAGAAGAAUUCAGAUAUUGUAAAGAUUUAGAAUUUGCUGAGUUUCCAUUAUUCCUCGAUGAAAUACAAGAUUACGCGUUUGCAAAUUGCGAAUCAAUUAAAUCUUUAACUUUUCCUAAGAGUUUAAGCAAUAUUUCAAAUUAUGCGUUUUAUAAAAGUGGCGUAACUCAUGUGAACUUCUUAAAUCCAGAUACAAUUGUUGGAGAACAUUGUUUUGAAGGUUGUAGAAAAUUGGAAAGAAUUAAUCUGCCAAAUAACCUUAAAACUAUUGGAGAAUACUCUUUUUCUGAUUGUAUGAAACUUAUUGAUAUAAAAAUGCCGGAAAAACUCGAAAAAUUUGAAAAAUUUUGUUUUUAUCAUUGCGAAAUAUUAUCAACAAUCGAAAUUCCAGAGAGUGUGCAUACAAUUGGUGUAUGCUCAUUCGGUUAUUGCGAUAAAAUCGAGAAAAUUUCGCUUCCAAAAGGAUUAUUAAAUCUUGAAAACCAAACUUUUAUGGAUUGCAGCUCUCUUAAGCAAAUAUCGAUACCAGAUAGGAUAACUGUCAUAGGAAAUUUCAUGUUUGCCGCGUGUAAAAGUUUAUUACAAGUAGAUUUACCUAAAUCUCUCAAAAGUAUCCGUUAUGCAGCUUUCCAAGAAUGCUUUAAGUUAAUUAGUAUAUACUUACCUGAAAAUGUCGAAGAAAUACAGUAUUCGGCGUUCUUUGCUUGCCUUGGAUUGAAAACUAUCAUUGUUGGCAUCAAAACAGAGUUGAAACUUCAUUAUUAUGGAUUUCAAGAACUCAAAAGCUUCCAAAGCUUCGUUUUCAAAUCAAAUUGUUUUGAAUUUUUAAAGAUUGGUCAUUUAAUGGAUCAAUUAGCAUCAAUUACCUUCGAUUCUGCUGAUAUUUCAUAUAUCCCGCCACUGGUCAAUGCAACAAUGUUAGAACAAAUUACGAUCAAAAAUUGUGGUGGUCAUGUAAUUUUGCCAAAAGAUUUUGUGACAUCGCAAAAAGUGAUAGUUUACAUUUUUGACAAUGUCACUUUUAUUGAUAAUUUUGCAUUUGCGAAUACAAGUAUUGAUGGAUUUGUGUAUUGCGGAUCGAAUGAAAUUACAGGAAACUUCUUAAAGAAUAGUUUGUCGGUGAAAAACGUCGAAUGCUCUGAUUCAUAUCCAAAGAAAGAGGUUGGAGGUGUUUCAUUCACAGUAAAUACUAAUAUGUGUCCUGUAAGUGAUAAUUCUAGCAAGAAUUCCAAAAAAUUUGCUUUAAUUAUCUGUCCAAUUGUUAUAAUUAUAAUUAUUGUUGGAGUAUUGAUUGUUUUAUGGCACUUGAGGAUAAAGAGACGUCAAGAUAGGUUGGAAAGUAAGUUAUUACUUCAUGAACAAAUUGUAACAGAUUUUGGAUAA